GUUUAAUUGUACAACUGGAAAUAUCAGGCUUUUAAGGCAGCUUUCAACUUUACUUAUUUCACUUUUUCCCCCAGUUUUCAUGCAUUCAUCACAUAGAAACAGACGUCCAAGCAAAGUACAAAAUUUCCUUCUCAUAAACCCUAAUUGGUUGAAGAAUUGAGAGAAUGAGUAAUGCGAAGAGGACAGAAGAGAGUGUGAAGACACUAGAGGAGGGCAUUACGAAAGUGAAGUUGAUUAUGGAUGGUUACCCUGCCUGUAAGCUGUUCACUUCUGAAGAAUACAUGAGAUAUUAUAACUCUGUUUAUCUCUUGUGUAUUCGACCUCCCCCACAUGAUUUAUCAGCAGAACUUCUUCAAAGGUAUCAUGCUGUCUUAGAUGAGAGUGUAUACUUCAAGGUUCUGCCUUUUCUGAAAGAUAAGAGUGGUGCCUCUCUGUUAGCUGAAUUCUUACGUGCCUGGACAAAUUACAAAGCAAUGGUGAAGUGUCUUGGAGGGUUUUUCCUUUACCUUGAUAAAAAAUGCACCGAUCAGAAAAGUUCUGCACCCCUUAAAGAGGUUGCUCUUUCGUGUUUCCAGAAUAGGGUUUGCUGUGAUUUCCUUCCAGAACUUUUUGAUGCUGCACUUUUACUGGUAAGUCAAGACCGUAAGGAGGAACCAAUUGACAGGAGCCUACUACAGGGCCUCUCUACAUUUUUCUGGGAAAAUGGUGGGUCAGAGAAAGGAACGUACUAUUACAUGUUUGAGGAGAAAUUGCUUGCAGAUACAUCCAGCUGCUACUCUCGAUUUGCCUCCGAGUGGCUUCUUAGCUAUUCAUCGACAGAUUAUAUAUUGAAGGUGGAACGGUGUUUGAAUGAUGAAAAAGGAAAGCUGAGUCAGUACAUGUAUCCUUUCUCUGUAGAGAAGCUACUUCAGGUUGUGCAUCUGAAGUUGAUUGGUGAAACUACAAGCCAGCUGAUUGAAAAAAAGACGGCUGAGAACCUCAACUCAACAAGAUAUCAGGAAUUACUGUCCAGAUGUUCCAAUUUAAGCAUUGGAUAAAGAAGUGCCACAUUUUUUACCAACAUUAUAGUGUCAGAUAGUACCCCAGGAAAGGGAACAAAAAACACUAACAAAAAGCCCAAAAGUGUUAUUGACCAGUGACGAUUUGGAUGAUCUCUCCCAGAGUCUAUUUUUUGCGGCUCCACUAUUGGUGCUGCUUGGAUUUAGGUCCUUAAUUCCUUUUUUGGCGCUACUCAUAGCUGAAAGUGUCUAGGGAUUUAGCAGGGCAAACAUAUUCACUAGUAAGAAGUAAAUAUACUUUACUAAUUUGCACAUUUCUGCAGUAUAUGCUAUACAUCUCUUACGGGGGAGAAGAUACUUCAUAGUUUCACUGAUGCAGAAAUCUCAUACAUAUUUGCCGACUGAGGAAUGCAAUCAUAACUACCAAAAAGCUGCAAUAUCUCAGAUAUUAUAACUGACUUUGCUUUGGCAUAUGCUUUGUUUUUUUGUAUUUGCCUGUAUAUAAUUUGAUUUUGUUUCAAUCUGCCUACAAUCUCCAUGAGCAAAUUUUCCAGCAAAAGUUAACCA